AAUUAAAGACAACCAACAAAUUAUGGGUACAUUUACUACAGACAACAAUAUGAUCGUUUAUUUCCUCCGUCAGUAUUGGAUCGAUGAGACCGACGAUAGAAUUAAACCGUAUUUCCUAUUCUCUGGAGGACCGGAACAGUUCCUAACGAUUAUGUUUUUAUGGCUUUUAUUUGUCACUAAAUUGGGGCCAAAUUUUAUGAAAAACAGAAAUCCAUUUGUUUUGCGCGAAAUUAUAAUGAUUUAUAACUUUAUAUUAGUUGUAAUCAACGCUUACUUUGUAUGCACGUCCUUAAAAUGGCUAGACUUUGGCCGCAAGUCUUUGGACCCGAAACUACCCGAACGUAAUCAAUGGUCGGACAAAGCAAUUGGCGAAUUGGAUGUAAAGAUGUUUUAUAUUUAUACGAAAUUAUUUGAUUUAUUUGAUACCGUAUUCUUUGUGUUGAGAAAAAAGUCAAAUCAAAUCACAUUUCUUCACGUUUACCAUCACUUUAUGGUUCCUGUGUUGGGAUAUAUGGCGGCCAAACUGUGUCUACAAACCGUAACCCUCGAAGUGUUUUGUUUGCUUAACUCUAUUGUACACACAGUUAUGUAUAGCUAUUACCUGUUGUCGGCAUUUGGACCCCAAAUACAGCCCUAUUUAUGGUGGAAGAGAUAUAUCACACGAUUGCAGUUAAUACAGUUCGCUAUACUUAUAGUGUACGCCAUAUAUUGUGUAAUGUUUGGUGAUUUAUCUAAAUAUCCGGUGGCUCUCAAAUGGUUAUCGAGUGGACAGUAUUGGAUCGAUGAGACCGACGAUCGGAUUAAGGACUACUUCCUGAUGAGUGGAGGACCGGAACAGUUCCUAACGAUUAUGUUUUUAUGGCUUUUAUUUGUCACUAAAUUGGGGCCAAAACUCAUGGAAAACAGAAAACCUUAUGUUUUGCGCGAAAUACUUAUGACUUAUAAUUUUAUAUUAGUUUUCCUAACGAUUAUGUUUUUAUGGCUUUUAUUUGUCACUAAAUUGGGGCCAAAACUCAUGGAAAACAGAAAACCUUAUGUUUUGCGCGAAAUACUUAUGACUUAUAAUUUUAUAUUAGUUGUGAUCAACGCUUACUUUAUAUACGCUUCCCUAAAAUGGCUGCAAUUUGGACACAAAUCGUGGUUAACACGACUGCCGGCCCGUAACGAAUGGUCAGAGAAAGCGAUCGCCGAAUUACCGGAGAAAGCGGUUUACGCUUACUCUAAGUUAUUUGAUUUAUUUGAUACCGUAUUCUUUGUGUUGAGAAAAAAGUCAAAUCAAAUCACAUUUCUUCACGUUUACCAUCACUUUAUGGUCCCUGUGUUGGCAUUUAUAGUCGCAAAACUUUGUCCACAAACAGUGAUCGCAGAAGUGUUUUGUUUGCUUAACUCUAUUGUACACACAGUUAUGUAUAGCUAUUACCUGUUGUCGGCAUUUGGACCCCAAAUACAGCCCUAUUUAUGGUGGAAGAGAUAUAUCACACGAUUGCAGUUAAUACAGUUCGCUAUACUUAUAGUGUACGCCAUAUGUAUUUUGGUUUAUUGCGAUACAAAUGAUCGCACCCGAACGGCCCGACACCGGGAAGUGGCCAAUCGCGUGCCAAAAGUGCGGGUUGUGUACGAUCCGCGAUUUUUCCACAUGGAAUUGUUGUAU